UUACGUUCCGACAACGCUGCUAUGCUAGCUAGCUGUGUAGCUAAUUUUUUUGUUAGUGUGCUCUCAUUAUCAGACCAAAGUAGUGCCAGUAUCUGAGUAUCUCCUCAUAUCGCGGUACAAAUUCAGUUAUAUUUGUUAAUUGUUAUUGUUGUUACAAAACGGUGGUGCGGUGUUCGUUGUCGUCAAACGCGACCAGCAGUAUCUGAAAGUGCGUUCGUGCGUAUACCUCAGCUGGAUAGGAGAAGUCUAUCGAAUCAAAAAAUCGGUCUGUUCUAUUCUGAAAAUUGUGCGAUUUAACACGUUGUCGUUAACGUCCGUCGAGUUGCUCACAGUGUCGCCGUCGUUGUUGUUGUUCUUGUCGUAAAAAGUGCCCAACAGUGUACAAAUAUUCACUUUCAUACCUAGGUACCUAGCUGUGAAAGAAGAAAAUCCAAAAAAUAUUAAUUUUUAUUUUCCAAAUAAAUUUGAGGAAAAAAUCUUUAGUACAACAUGAGGGAAAUCGUUCAUUUGCAAGCUGGCCAAUGCGGUAACCAAAUUGGUUCUAAGUUCUGGGAAGUCAUCUCCGACGAACAUGGCAUUGAUCCCAAUGGCAAUUACUAUGGCGAAAACGACAUGCAGCUGGAACGUGUCAACGUUUACUACAACGAAGUCAACGGCAACAAAUAUGUGCCACGUGCCGUUUUGAUCGAUUUGGAACCUGGUACCAUGGAUUCGGUACGCCAAUCGCCCUAUGGUCAAUUGUUUAGACCUGAUAACUUUGUGUUUGGCCAAUCUGGAGCCGGUAACAACUGGGCCAAAGGCCACUACACCGAAGGUGCUGAAUUGAUUGAAAGCGUCUUGGAUGUAGUUCGCAAGGAAUCGGAGGGUUGUGACUGCCUUCAAGGCUUCCAAUUGGCCCAUUCUUUGGGCGGUGGUACCGGUUCUGGCUUGGGUACUCUAUUGAUUUCGAAAAUUCGUGAAGAAUACCCAGAUAGAAUUAUGAAUACCUUCUCGGUAGUACCUUCUCCUAAGGUGUCAGAAGUUGUUGUCGAGCCAUACAAUGCCACAUUGUCGGCCCAUCAACUGUGCGAAAAUACCGACCUAACAUUUUGCAUCGAUAAUGAGGCCCUCUAUGAGAUAUGUUACCAGCGUUUACGUUUCGUUUCACCCACCUAUGAAGAUCUAAAUCAUUUGGUGUCCCUAACAAUGUCUGGUGUUACCACCUGCUUACGUUUCCCCGGUCAAUUAAAUGCUGAUCUGCGUAAACUGGCCGUGAACAUGGUACCAUUCCCACGUUUGCACUUCUUUAUGCCUGGUUUUGCUCCCCUCACAGCCAAGGGCUGCCAGCAGUAUCGUGCCCUGACUGUUAGCGAACUUACCGCCCAAAUGUUCGAUGCCAAGAAUAUGAUGACCGCUUGUGAUCCCCGGCAUGGACGUUAUUUGACGGUGGCUUGCAUCUUCCGUGGUCCCAUGUCGAUGAAGGAAGUCGAUACACAAAUGUUGAAUGUACAAAGCAAGAAUAGCAGCUAUUUCGUCGAAUGGAUUCCAAACAACGUUAAGGUCGCCGUAUGUGAUAUACCACCACGUGGCUUAAAAAUGUCGGGAACAUUCAUUGGCAAUACCACUGCCAUCCAAGAGAUCUUCAAGAGGAUAUCGGAACAAUUCACAGCUAUGUUCCGUCGUAAGGCCUUCUUGCAUUGGUUCACCGGUGAGGGUAUGGACGAGAUGGAAUUCACCGAAGCUGAAUCUAAUAUGAAUGAUUUGAUUUCGGAGUAUCAACAAUACCAGGAGGCAACCGCUGAUGAGGAUGUUGAGUUCGAUGAAGAGCAAGAAGAAAAUGAGGCAUACGAAGCUGAUAUUCAAAAUGGUGGCAUGUAAAUACACCCAUACACACAGCGAAGUAUGCAAACACUCACACACACACACACACUCACUCACAAAAAUUGAAGGAUGGAUGGAUGGGUUAAUACAAUCCAUGCUGCAUGGGAAAAAACGCUGCAGUUGUACAAACAAAUAGCCGCAUAUAUUUAUGUACAUUGUCGGACGUAAAUUUAAAAACAGCAAAUAACCGUCUCCACCAACUAUAACUCCAACAGCCGUUGCCGCACUCUACCUCUCUGUGUCUGUAGUCAACUACCUAACUCAUCAACCUGAUGAUGACCAAUGUCCAUACAUCACAACGGAGGGAAAUUAUUUAAACGUCUUUGCUAUCCUUGAAUUCCCAGGCAAUCAACCAACCAACCAACCGAACAUCCAUUGAUCCUGACCCAAUCGUAAUUAUCCUUUACUUGUCCUUAUGUGCAAAUAAGUGUGAUGUGUGUCUGUGAUGGCAUACGAUGUGCAUGCAUAAAAUCGCCAGCAGCACUUCUUAUCCUACCAAAAAAAAAUACAUAUAUUCCCUACAAUAACAUCCCACCUUUUAAUAUCAACCCCUCCCAACAUUCUGUAGAGUAGAGGUUAAUUUUUUAAAUAUUAUUUUUUUAUUAUUAUGUAUUUUUAUUAUUAUUGAUAAAAAAAAUGAAAUACCAACUGUUUGUAAAUCCGCAAUUUGCGCGUAAUUAAUUCAUACCAAUGUAUUUGUGUCUCUGUAUGUCUGUCUGUCUGUUUAUCUGUUUUUCAAUAAAACGAAAUAAUUAUUACAAAAACUGGAA